AACCCCAUAUCCUUGGCGGCCUUAUUUCCACGCCACGACUCAGUUGCCGGGUCAGCCUUGCUUUCCUCUUCCCCAUGCAAAUCGGAAAUUUCCCGACUCAUUAUUAGUUUUCUCUCGUCAUCAAACAAAAUUCUGCAGAGGAGAUACAAAUUUGCAGGGAUGGUGAGUUCUAGGCAGAGCCUACCUUCAUGGAUAAGUGCUGCUGCAGUUACACGAGUUGAUAUCGAGGGUAACGUUGCUUCUUCUGUACCCAACGACAAUUAUAUGCCCAAACAAAGUGACGGAGGAGAAUUCUCCUCAAACCCUGAGGCACUCUCCAAUGUCGAUUUGGGUGUUGGAGAGAGAGCUUUCGCUGCUGCCGGUGCCGCUUUCAUUUCCGCCAUCAUCGUUAACCCUCUUGAUGUCGCCAAGACUAGGUUGCAGGCACAAGCUGCGGGAGUUCCUUAUCAAGGCAUAUGUUCUACAAAUUGUUCUGAAACAAAUAUGAUGUUUCGAGAUUUAAGAAAUCACCCCUCAGGGACACCCAAAGUUUUUGGUUCUGAAUCAGUUUGUCCUGCAGAAUGUAACCGGUACAAAGGAACUCUAGAUGUCUUCUACAAAGUCAUUCGUCAGGAACAAAUUUAUGCAGGAAGGAUUUACCAGACUAUGGCGAGGCACAAAUGCAAGUUUAGCAUUGGCUGUACCAACUGUUGGGAUCUACUUGCCUUGUUAUGACAUUUUCCGCAAUUUAAUGGAAGAUUUCACAAACAGGAAUGCUUCAGUCUUGACACCAUAUGUCCCAUUAGUUGCAGGAACAGUUGCACGCUCAUUAGCUUGUGUUACCUGUUAUCCUGUUGAACUGGCAAGGACCCGUAUGCAGGCAUUCAAAGAAACCCAAAGAGGUGCAAAACCUCCUGGAGUCUUGAAGACACUAGUUGGGGUUGUCAAUCCUGUCAGGAGCACAAAUAACGUACAAAGCUUACAAAGCUACCGCAUCUUAUGGACGGGUCUUGGAGCACAACUUGCUCGUGACGUUCCUUUCUCUGCCAUCUGCUGGUCAACCCUUGAGCCAAUAAGAAGAAAAAUACUUUCUCAGAUGACUGAUGAAACCACGGUAAGCAGUGUUCUUGCGGCAAAUUUCUCUGCUGGUUUUAUUGCAGGAAGUCUUUCUGCUGCUGCUACCUGCCCUCUGGACGUAGCAAAGACUCGACGGCAGAUAGAGACAGAUCCAGCUAGAGCAUUAGAAAUGACCACGAGAACAACAUUGGUAGAAAUAUGGAGAGACAGGGGAAUAAAGGGAUUGUUUACGGGGAUUGGUCCCCGAGUUGCUCGAACAGGACCUUCUGUUGGCAUAGUUGUUUCCUUUUACGAAGUUGUGAAAUAUGCUUUACAUUGUAGGCAUCAGAAUAAUGACUGAAAGCCCAAUCAUUGCGCUCUGCUCCUCUGGUAUAUUUGAAAUAUGAAUUUCUCUAUAUCAACUUCUCAUUUUUGCAACAAAGAGUUGACCAAAUCGCAGCAAACACGUUUCUAUAACCCUGAUUUGGGAACAUGCCAUCACCCACACGACAACGUUUUAAAUUUCUGGAAGCUGAGUGUACAGUUUGUAUCCCCCGCCCGCCAAAAGAAGAAACAGAUGUUUCUGUGAUAGAAAUUAUUGUAACUAUUUCAGUUUCUCUUGCUUUUAAAUUCAUUUAAAAUUUAUUCUUCUGGGAGCAAAGAGGAAAAUAAGCCUUGUACUGGGUAGAUCCGGCUGUUUCAUCUCAUUGUCUUAGAUGCCGGCAAUGGCCUUCCAUUCCUCCAUUAAAUUAUCAGUACUGUCAAAUACAAUUAUCUUUUUCUUUUAAAAAAAGCGUACAAUGAGACCACGUUGAGAAAAAUUGCCCACUUGCCA